AUGGUGUCGACUCAGAAUCAGCUUCGACCCACGGGGUGUGUGCGGAGGGUUUGCUUAGAUAACAGUUUUGGGGUAGGAGAAAAUGGUAGACGUGGAACUGUGAGUAUGCUGCCUCAUUUCAUCCUGGUUCUGUGUCACGGAAUAGCUCAUGCGGAACGCCCAGAAAUGCCCAUUAAGCUCACUUCAGAUGAGUUCAAUGCAUCUCAGGAUCUCAGCUCCACAUCAUUUAGCGAUGCCUUCAAAAGCGCCUCUCUUCGACCAGUUCGACAUUGUGAAAAGAAUCCCACAAUACCGUCCCAUCUUCAGUUAUUUCCUGGCUCGGCUGGUCACAAGUAA